UGCUGGGCAUCACUUCGAAAGGCUCAUGGGUUGUUGACACUCGUAGUAUCAGUGUACAGCAUGUGAAUGCCUUCAACUUUCGUUUUUACUGGAUUAUAGUGAUUGAUUCAUGAUUGGACUGGGGUUGUAACCUUGAUUUAUUUCGACAUGUUGAAGUGCAUUCCUUUAUUUCGAGCCUGUAACAGGCAGGUUGAAUCGGUGGACAGACGACACUGGGGCCUUACGAGUGUUCCCGAUGAUGUUUUGCGGUAUGCGCGGAGUUUAGAAGAACUGUUACUGGAUGCUAAUCAAAUCAAGGAGCUACCCAGGGGAUUUUUUCGACUCGUUCAAUUGCGGAAGUUGAGUCUUAGUGACAAUGAAAUUGGGCGUCUCCCAGAGGAAAUCAGCAACUUUGUCAAUCUUAUGGAACUGGAUAUCAGUAAAAAUGAAAUCCUUGAAAUUCCGGAUAAAAUCAGGCUGUGCAAGAAUCUUCAGGUUUUGGAUUUUAGCAGCAAUCCUCUCACAAAAGGGUGAGUCUCCAUUAUUUCUUGUUUUACCCAGGAUGUUGAUAUUGCCAAGGCAAUGUGAGUGUAUUGGUCUGGUGGGGUAAACUGUGGUGGUGUUUCAAAAAUGUUAAUGUGGAAUAGAGUAGUUGAAAACUAAAAUAAUUAAAAUCAUGAUUGUCACUAGUUUGUUUUUUGUUGCUGUCGCUUGCACUGCCUGUUGUUAUUAAACCUAUUUCAUUCUUACAACUCGGUUAAGUUUUUUCUUUUAACAUUGGCUGAAGAAAAAAGUUCUUUUCAAUUACCGCUAAAUUUUGACUAGGUUCUAAAUCUGAAUGCAGGAAAUAUUAGUGCCUUUAAAUAUCCA